UUUUUUAGCAUGUUUAUAAAGGCUUAGGCAGUCUUAAGACCCCUUUUUAUUGAGUCUUAGAUGUUUAUUGUAUGACUUCUUUUUUUAAAAUGUAUAUAAAUGUGAAAAUGUCAUUAAAGAAAGUGACAUAUUACAUAAUAGACUGGAUGCCAGAUUUUUUCUGCAAAAAUAUAAACAAGUGUGACAGUCAAAGUCUCCAGAAGAACUGUUUCUCCAACAUGCUUAGAAAAACCUAUCAGCCAAUAUUCUCAUAAAAAUGCAAAGUACUACUGAUGCAUUUUAAAGACAUUAAAGACACUGUCACAUCAAAUACUCACUUUGUUUAGUUUAGUGCUGUUUACUAUUCUUUAAGUAGAAAACAUAAGCAUUAUUUUGAAGACAAUAUAUUAUUUGAUUAAAUUAACAGAAUCUGGAACGCUGAGAAUGACAGUAGGAACAGCAAAUAUUAUUGGUUCAUGUGUUUCUCUGGGACAAAACAAGACUGUCCCCUGCUCAUUAUGGUACCUAUAUAAGCCCAUCUCUGCCCAUCUUUCUGUUUUGUGUCAGUUAUGGCAUGCCAUGGUAAUUUGAUCACAUUUUGGUUUCUUUUAAACACACUUAUAUGUUGUCAGUCCACAAACAACAAUGAGUGCAUCUACCAGGGAGACGAAGGGACCCAUAGUUUCUACAAGGGUGGCGAUGUGAUUUUGGGAGGACUGUUCCCUCUGCACUACAGCCCUGUUUCAGCAGUGCAGUCUUUCCAAAGCAAACCUGAACCGACUGAUUACAAGUACUUUAGUCCUCGAGCCCUGAGGUGGAUGCAAACAAUGACCUUUGCUGUGGCAGAGAUAAAUCAGAGACAGGACUUGUUACCAAAUCUGUCCCUGGGAUACCACAUACGGGACAGCUGCGAUGACAUACCUGUGUCACUAAAGAGCUCACUUCUCCUGGUCAAUGGGCAGCCAGAGAGAGCAAGAGGAUCUGGAUGUGCAAAUGUUAUCAGGCAGCCCUCUCCUGUCAUAGUAGGAGAUGCUGCAUCAGGGAUAUCCAUGGCUGUGCUGAGAACACUAGGCUCAUUCAAUAUACCUUUGGUGAGCUACUUUGCAUCUUGCUCAUGUUUGAGUAACAAGAAAGAGUUUCCCACAUUUAUGCGGACAAUGCCAAGUGACGAAUUUCAGAUUAAGGCUUUAGCAAAGCUGGUCCAUUACUUUCAGUGGAGCUGGGUGGGGGUCAUAGGAGUGGAAUCAGACUAUGCUCGCUUUGCCAUCCAGCUCUUUCUAAAGGAAUCAACCAGAUACCACGUAUGCCCCGCAUAUGUGCACUUUUACCCCGUAUCACUCACUACAGAAGCAGUGCAGGACUUGAUGGGUACUAUUAAAGCCUCCACUGCCACAGUCAUUCUUAACUUCUCUGGAGAAUCAGAAUUGCAAACUAUUCUAAGAGAAUGCAGGCGACAAAACAUCACGCAUCUACAGUGGAUUGCCAGUGAAGCUUGGGCAACAUCACAGGCAUUGUGGGGUGAUUUCCAUGAUCUCUUACAGGGAACUUUAGGGUUUGCCAUCCGGAAGGGAGAAAUCCCAAACCUUGGUGGAUACCUCAGAGAGAUAGUCACUUCCAGUGCUCAAACCUCACAUUUUUUAGCAGAGUUUUGGGAGGAAACAUUCAACUGUCACCUCAAUGGAUCUUUAAACACUCAUGUACAUAGAGAGGAUGCCCAGUUCAGGGAAGCUUGUAGUGGGAGAGAGAGUCUGUACAAUGUGUACUCUACCUUUACAGAUGUAUCACAGCUUAGAGUGUCCUACAAUGUAUACAAAGCUGUGUAUCUCAUUGCACAUGCCUUACAUGAUAUGAGUACCUGCGUUCCAGGGCAGGGCCCCUUUCAAAAUGGGACAUGUGGGAAUCUAAAUCCCCUUCUGCCUUGGCAGUUGAUAAGCUACAUGAAGAGAACAAACUUCACAACACUAGGGGAGUUUGUGCACUUUGAUGAGAAUGGAGAUCCCAUUGCAUCUUAUGAUCUGAUGAACUGGCAGGGGGCGAGUGAUGGCUUACUUCAGCUGGUGAAGGUGGGAUUCUAUGAUGCAUCACUGAAGGAGGAUAGUGGCCUGGUCAUAAAUGAAUCAAUGAUUAUGUGGCAACGAGACAAUAAGGCACCAGUAUCAGUCUGCAGCAAAAGUUGUCUGCCAGGUUCCAGGAAAGCCAGGCGAAAGGGUGAACCCAUCUGUUGCUUUGACUGCAUACCAUGUGCUGAGGGAGAGAUUAGCAAUCAAACAGACUCAAAUGAUUGUUUAAGAUGUUCAAGGGAAACAUGGCCAAACCAAGCCAGAGACAAAUGUAUACCAAAGGGUCUGGAGUACCUGUCCUUUCAGGAGCCCUUGGGAAUAAUUCUCUUGGCUGUUUCUACAUUUGGAGCUUGUCUGACUGCUGCAGUGAUUUGUGUAUUUAUGGUCUACAGAAAUACUCCAAUAGUUCGAGGCAACAACAUGGAACUCAGCUUCCUCCUACUCUUGUUCCUAUGUGCAUGCUUUCUAAUUAGUCUGACAUUCAUUGGGAAGCCCACUGAUUGGCUCUGCCAGAUCAGAUUUACAGCCUUUGGAGUCAGCUUUGCACUCUGUAUCGCCUGCAUCUUGGCUAAGACUGUAGUGGUUCUCAUGGCUUUCAGGGCCACCUUACCUGGUAGUAAUGCCAUGAAAUGGUUUGGUCCAGUACAACAGAGAUUUUUUGUCAUAUUAUGCUCUUUGGUUCAAGUACUUAUUUGCAUCAUAUGGCUGAUAACUAAACCUCCAUCUGCUGCCUAUACCACAGCUUUUUUGAGUCCUACUAUAAUUGUAGAGUGUAAAGUGGGAUCUGAGAUAGGAUUCUGGUGUGUGUUGGGAUACAUUGGCCUACUAGCAUGUAUGUGCUUUUUAAUAGCUUUUUUGGCCAGAAAACUUCCAGACAAUUUUAACGAGGCCAAAUUUAUCACAUUCAGUAUGCUUAUCUUUUUUGCUGUGUGGAUAACAUUCAUCCCUGUUUAUGUGAGCACAAAUGGAAAAUAUAUGGUUGCUGUGCAUGUCUUUGCCAUCUUAGCUUCUGCAUUUGGAUUGCUUCUGUGCAUAUUUGCUCCAAAGUGCUAUGUUGUCCUGUUGAGACCUGAAAAAAACAGCAGAAAGCAUAUGAUGAAAAAAUAGUGCAGAAUCAUUUGCCAACAUAAUUACACACAUAUACAAUCAUUAAUUACACACAUGAACAAGAAAUUUAAAUGAAUUAGGUCUGGAAUUGUAAAACAUUUUAUGCUGCAAUAAACGAUCAAUCUAUAAUGACUUAUCUGGUACUUUCUACACAAGACAAAAAUAAAUAUGCCAAAACAAACUCAUUUUUAGGAAAUUAAACAUAUACACUAUAUGGCAAAACGUUCGUGGACACUCAACCAUAACACUCAUAUGUGUUUUUUGAACAUCCCAUUCCAGUUUCAGUUCCCCUCCUUUGCUGU